AUGAAGCUGUCCUCGGCCUUUCUCGUCGUGUCCGCCGCUGCGGUCGUCCUUGGUGUGCCCGUGCCUGUUCCUCCGGGUAUCCCAAGUGCGUCGACAGCCAGGACUCUUCUUGCUGGCCUCAAGGUUGCCACGCCCCUGAGCGGCGAUGGCUUCUCUCGCACCCUGUUCCCUACCUGGGAGACUAUUCAGGGGACCUGCAAUGCUCGCGAGUUUGUGCUCAAGCGAGACGGGACAGACGUCCAGACCAGCAGCGCGUGCGUGGCCGAGUCCGGCAACUGGACAUCUCCGUAUGACGGCGUGUCCUUCACCGCCGCGUCGGAUCUCGAUAUCGACCACAUGGUUCCACUGAAGAAUGCCUGGAUUUCUGGCGCCUCGCAGUGGACCGCGGACAAGCGCAAAGCCCUCGCCAACGACGUCACCCGUCCUCAGCUCUGGGCCGUCUCAGCCCACGCCAACCGUGCCAAGGGCGACAGCAGCCCAGACGAAUGGAAGCCUCCUCUGCAGACGUUCUGGUGCACCUACGCCGAGAGCUGGGUGCAGGUCAAGAGCUACUAUGAUCUGAGUGUCACCGAUGCCGAGAAGGGCGCUCUGUCCGGCAUGCUGGAUGCCUGCUAG